CGCGCCGCUCGCGACCUUAUGCCCCCGCUGUGCGAACCAGCGCACCCGCGUAGCCCCCGAGGCCGCAGCUCCCUUUUCGGAGGCGUCUCCCGUACGCUCUCAGCACCGCAGCCCCGGGAGACUGUACACAGAGUAUACAUCAGUUAAUAUUUUGGUGCCUUGGAUGUGAUGAGGCUCAGUUGACAGCUGUGUAAAGAGGGCCUCCAUCUCAUGACCUGCUGCAGUCAUACCAGGGGCGAGAAUGGCAGCUGUGAGAAGAGUGAUUUGCUUCCUACAACAGAAUUUAGUGAAGAUUAGCUUUCCCACUUCACAUCACCUGCAUACAUCCUCCAUCCAGCUCAACUCCAACCGGGCUUCUCUCACUCGAAUGCACAGGAAGGCUUAUGCUCGUCUCUAUCCAGUGAUGUUGGUCAAGCCAGAUGGAUCUACCAUUCAUAUCAGAUAUAAGGAGCCUCGGCGGAUCCUUACUAUGCCAGUAGAUAUCGACACACUUUCUCCGGAGGAAAAAAGGAUGAGACUACGCAAGCGGAAUCCCAGGUAUAUGGAAGUGGGAAAAAAAGAGGCGGAAUUUGGAGAUGACUUCAGCGUGGAACAAUACGCAAAAUUUUGGAAGAAAAACUGAACAUGCUAUGUUAAGAUUGUAUAAAAGACUUUUUUCCUCUGCUGCUUCUCCCUGAUUCAAACCCUUGCCUAGACCUGAGGGCCAACUUCUGUGUGCACAGCAGUGGGAAAUGAAGAUGGACAGUAUGUGGCCCCUGCCCUCCAGGAAUUUACGGAAGCAAAGAUGAACCUUAUUUCUUUUUAGGAGUUGACACUUUCAUAGGAGAGAUAAAAUGUACAAACAAUAAUAACAACCUACAUGUACAUUAUAAAAUAUGUGCAUUGUU